AUGGGAAACAGACACUCAAAAUCUUCCGAUUCGAAUGAAGCAAAACUGGCAGAGGAUGGAAAAGAGAAAUACGCCGGUGCGAAUAACUUCACCGGUGUAUUAUACAAGAUAACAUCAUCUGGGAACGUGUCGAUCAAUGCAAACGGAUCAACGGUGUCUUCGAUGCAGGAAAAGUCAAAAAAAACCAUGAGACAACGUGAAAUUGUGAGCCAAAACGAUGCAGCUGCAAACAAUUUGAUUCAAGGACCUCCACUUUUCACAGUAAGUGGAUUCAUUCACUCUUAG